AUGUACGCUCUCGAAAUCUCGACCACCUCGCCGUGCCGGUCGGCACCAUACUACUCCCUGGUGAUUCGUAAACCGUACAUUCUCGGCCAGUGCGCGGCGGCCGAUAUCAGCCUAGCAUACGAGGGUAUCUCGGACGAGCACGUGUCCGUGACGGUCCUGCAUGAAAAAGAGGCGGCCCGGGAGGUGGAGGCAGCCGCACGCACAGUGCCAGCAGAUGAGCACGACAGCGACGUCGCGGCCAAUGACGCGCUGGAGGAGCAGCACAGCGGGGUCUCUGAUGCGCCCGCCGAAGCUGGCGGUGAAGGUUGCAGGCUGGUAGUGCGUGUGACGGCCCUACCCACAAAGGGCGACGCUGAAGUACGCCUUGGUGAGACGACCCUGAACUCGGGCGACUCGGCGAUCGCUCACGACGGCGACAUGCUAUAUCUUGGUGAUGGCAUCUGCGGCACUUUUCGCUACCGCCCGCUGAUGGUCGGUAUGGAGCGUAGUGCGUACCCCGAGGACUACAUGAAUGACCUGCACCGCAUGUUCGGCCAACUAGGUGCGACUCUUGUGGAUGUGCCGAUACCCUCGCACGAGGCGCCGGCGAUUCCUAUUGGGCAGCUGUACUGUGCUGCCGAGCUCAACGACAGCUCCAACUGCUUGGCUGCCCUUUCCUACGGCUACUCCAUUGUGCAGCCAACAUACGUGUUCGAGUGGUUCGCGGCGGUGGCGAAGAACGCGGCGGCGCCGCUCAGCACGCUGCCGGCCCCGUCGCGCUUCGAGGUGCCGGUGCGCUGCACGACUCACCCCACCUCCACCACAUACCUCCGCCCUGAGUCGGACACCUGCCCGUUCUCCCUCUUUCCCAUCCCGUCCACCGCCAUGACCAACCGCUCGCGCGCUGACUUGUUUGCCGACCGCGUCUUUUUCUUCUUCACGGACGCUUCCGCGAUGCGCUACUGGCGCGCGGUCGAGUGCUGCGGCGGUGCCGUCUACGGCCCGGGUGACGUGGAGGCGGCGAAGGAGGCGAUCCACGCGCUGGUGGAGUCGCAGCGCGAGGCCGGUGCGCCCGCCAGCCGCCUACCGGAGAAUUUCUACAUUAUCAUCGACAACACAUCGGAGGCAGUGCUGCUGAACUCGGGGCUUGAGGCGGCAUCGCCGGAAUUGAUGGCGUUCAUCGAGGAGGCCUGCGCCACCUCCGGCGCCACUCACCUGCCUGUGAUGGCCGACCACUCUCUCUUCACAGCUUUGCUAAGCAACAAGUUCUACGAGGAACCGGUGCCACUGACGGCCGAACCCCCGACUGCUGCUGGCGUGGGAUACAGCACCGCGCACAGCGACCCGGGCGAUGCCUCCGCGAUGCCGUCGCUCAACCUCCAUACGGACGACGGCGAGGAGGGCGCGGGCACCACCAGUGCAGGGGCGCCGCGGUCGGGGUAUGCUAGCGGUGGUGCCGCGUCGUCCAGGGUCCGCUCCGCCUCUCGCGUGAGUGAGCGUCGCGCUAGCUCCUUGCAUCGCGCCAUCGCCCACACCCUUUCAUGGAGCCAGAUGCGCUCCCGAAGCCGCCAGUGUGCUCGCUCCCCCUCCGCAAGCAUGCCUGGGAAGAGCGACGGGGGCCUCUUCUUCGCCAACAGCGGGCACCUCGGGAGGCGUCGCCUCGUGCCCUUCGCUGUUCAAGGUGAGCCGCGCGCUUUCAUUGAAUACUUUGAUGUGCUGCGUGUUCGCAUCUACACCUUCCUCGUGCGCGAGGAGCCGAAGCUGGAUAAAGCCAUCACGGUCUAUCACAGGAACUACUUCGUUGACAGGGACACCAUGGACUACGCCCUGGAGGUGAAGGCGCAGGCGGUCGACUUCAUAGAACGUGUGGAGGACUUACUGGCGGGCAACGUGUGCCAUGGUUCGUACACGGAGUCGCUGCACCGCUUCUGGGCCGACUGCAGCGAGAUAAACACAAAAGCAGAACACCUGCUACACUGCUGGGACCGGAGCAUGUCGGCCGCUGUCCUGACUCGCCGCAUCCUCUCUCGCCGAGCAAGCAGCACAGACAGCCGCCGUGCGACGUCGUCGCGUAGCAUGACCUCGCGUGGUGCGGCACGGGCAGCGAACUCUCCCGCGUUGGCGGCGUGCAAGGCGGAGCCAGCCACGUCCGACGCCAACGACGGCGCCGACGACAACCAAGCUGCUGUGGCUUUUGUGGACGCUCAACACCCAAACGACAGCGAGAGUGCGUGCGAGCACCAGAACGAACACGCAAGACCCGAGGCGUCGCAGCCACUCGAGGCGGCGAGUCACAUUCACGAGCGACCGAUGGCGGCGCAGGGCGCCGCUGCGGCGAUGGGCCGCUCUGGCGCGGCGGCGGAGUCGCCAGCCACCGCCCCGGACGCCCCCUCCACCUCCACGUCCGCCCGCACAUCGCAUCGCCGGUCGUCCAUGACGUUGCUGUCGCAUUCUCGCAGCGGCGCCGCUGCCGCCAAGCCGCGGUCGAUCCCCCUUGCGGCGCGGCCGCCGUGGGUGAGCGACUGGAAUGAUGAGAACAGCAGCCAACAGCAGCUGCAACAGAAGCCACAGCAGCAGCAGAAGUGGGCGGAGCCACGCAAGCCCGCUUCACACACCCCUGCACCGACCUCGGUGCCUUAUCCGCCUCUGCGCGUACCCUUGGCGACUCUUCAGCCCGAGUGCGCGGCCGACUCGCCGACGGUUGUGCGUCCGCGCUCGGCAAGGCGUGCCGGCAGCGCCUUCGCUUGCCGCCCGCCUUCGCAGCAGGAGCCGGUGCAACAGACCCACCGGGAGGGCAUCAGCGACGGCUCCACCAGACCGGAGGAGACCGAGGAUGAGACAGGGGCGCUGACCACGACCACACAGUCUCCCGCGGAGGCACCGGUGAUGAUGAAUGGCACCGAAGAAGGAGACGCGAGCCAAGUGCCCAGCGCCCCCGCACCCGCCCCUGAGCGGGCCUCCGCAAAGAAGACGCGUGCGUCGACGUCGCGGCGCCCCUCGGGGCCGAUGAAACCACGCAACAACUCCGUGUCGGCCUCAAAGCGAAACCACUCCGGCUCAACGCCGCGCCGGGCGAACGGCCAGGGCGCAGCUGCUCACCCUGCCGCCAACGGAAAUGGCUACCACCAGCGUGACGCGUCUGCGGUUGUGGCUGAUAACGGCAAUGGCAAUACCCAGCAGCAGCGUGCCCACUCCAUAUGGAAGUACUAA